GGGAGGCGGGAGGGUGGGGGUCAAAGUUACUCGGCCGCCCAAGGCGGGGUAGGUGGUAAUAGUGGCGGUGAGUAGUGCGGAGACGGGGCUGAGGAGAACGGGAGAGAAAGGAAACCGGUCAGCCUGCCGCCCAGCCAGCAAACAGUCGUUGAAGCCGCCGCCGCCGCCGCCGCCGGGGCGUCCCUCAGCAACGCACCAGCUUUCCUUUCUCCAGUGUUGGGAACUUUUACGCCAGUCCAUGCUGCAACUCCUCACCCUUGCGGGCCGACUGCUCAUGCCUCUAGCUUGGACCUAACCUAUAAAUCUUGGCCCAGCCAGGGUUGAGGGGAGCUAUGGGCAGCUCAGCCUCAUCGCUGGCCGCCGAGACGGAGUCGGACCAUGGUUUCACUGGCCCAACCUACCCAGGGCACCUGGCUGCAAGUUGGUAUAGGAGUAGCCACAGUGGCCCUGUAUGGGAAAGUGCCCUUAUAACACGGCAGCAUCAGCACGUGAAUCACCGGGCACGAAGCCACACCCACUCUUCUGGUUCUAUGGCCGCUGUGCGGGAAUGGUCUUGCACCCGCUGCACGUUCCUGAACCCCGUAGGACAGCGCCAAUGCUCCAUCUGCGAGGCCCCGCGCCAGAAGCCCGACCUCAACCAAAUCCUGCGCCUCAGUGUAGAAGAGCAGAAAUGGGCCUGCGCCCGCUGCACCUUCCGGAACUUCUUGGGCAAAGAGGCCUGCGAGGUGUGUGGCUUCACCCCUGAGCCUGGGCCCGGGGGCUCCCCGCUGCCCAUCAUCAACGGAGUCCUGCCAAAGCCCACCGCCUUGGUGGAGCCCAAGGGCACCUGCAAGGAGGAACUUCCCAAGGCCGAGAGCCCUGGUGAGGACUCUGGGAAGAGCCCGGAGGAAGUGGGGCUGGAGGAUGGCUGGGCCUGCCAGCGCUGCACUCUUCACAACACCCCAAUGGCCAACUCGUGCUCGGCCUGUGGAGGUCCCCGCAAGCUCUCGCUGCCCAAGAUCCCCCCAGAGGCGCUGGUCGUCCCUGAAGUCAUUGCUCCUGCCGGUUUCCACAUAGCACCCACCACCCCACAGCCCAGCGUUGCUACGGACAACCCCGAGAGCCAUCCCAUUGCCAACCCAGGUGCAGCCACCAUUGAGCAAGAGAGCCAGAAGAUGCCAAGCUUUAGCCUUUUCUCCCCCGGCCUCCAAAACAACCCCGUUCCCCGCAGCCGCCGAGAGGUGCCCCCCCAGCUGCAGCCACCGGUGCCUGAGACCUCCCAGCCAGCCUCCCCGCCAGCACCUGUGCAGAAGGCCAUUCGCUUCCAGGAGCUGAUGGCGACAAAGCGGCUGAGUGUGCUGGAAGAAGAAAUGGAGGUGAGCCCAUCGCCCUGGAAGUGCAGCACCUGCUCCCUCCUCAACACCUCCGGAGCUGGCACCUGCGAGGCCUGUAGCUCCCAGAAGGGAAGUGACACCAUUGACUUGACUGGCGAUUCUGUGCGCUUCACUCCCUGCGGUCCAUCCAGCCCCGACUUCACCACCUGGUCCUGUUCCAAGUGCACGUUGAAGAACCCCACAGCCUCUCAGAAGUGCAAGGCCUGCGGCUCCUCCAAGCUGCAUGGCUUCCAGGAACACGGCGCACAGGGAGAGUUGGCUCUCAAAUGCCCUGAGUGUGGCUCAGACAAAGGCAGCUGCCCAGCCUGCAGCUCUAAGGCCCCCUCGGCCCGCAAAGUGGCCCGCCUCUUCCCCUCGCAGCCACCUGUGACCCCAGAAAGGCCCAGCCAGUGGCCUUGCCCGGCUUGCACGCUGCUCAAUGAGUUCAAGGCCAAGCACUGUGUCGCCUGCCACACUCCCCAGGGGUACCUGUUGCAGCGCAAGGGCGCCAAGCCACUCAGGCGCCGGGAGAGUAUGCACGUGGAGAAGCGGCGGCAGACAGAUGAAGGGGAGGCCAAAGCCCUCUGGGAAAACAUUGUCUCCUUCUGUCAAGAGAACAAGGUCAACUUUGUGGAUGACAGUUUCCCUCCAGGGCCCAAGUCAGUUGGCUUCCCCGAAGGGGACAGUGUCCAGCAGCGAGUGAAGCAGUGGCUGAGGCCUCAUGAAAUCAACUGCAGCAUCUUCAAGGACCGUUCAGUCAAGUGGUCUGUUUUCCGGACACCUCGGCCCUCUGACAUCCUGCAAGGGCUCCUGGGAAAUUGCUGGUUCCUCAGUGCUCUGGCUGUGCUGGCAGAAAGGCCUGAGUUGGUGGAACGGGUCAUGAUUACACGGACCAUGUGUCUGGAGGGAGCCUAUCAGGUGCGGCUUUGCAAAGAUGGUACCUGGACCACUGUGCUGGUGGAUGACAUGCUGCCCUGUGAUGAGUGUGGCUACCUCCUCUUCUCUCAGGCCCAGAGGAAGCAGCUAUGGGUCGCCCUUAUUGAGAAGGCCCUGGCCAAACUCCAUGGUUCAUACUUUGCCCUCCAGGCAGGGCGCGCUAUUGAAGGCCUAGCUACGCUAACCGGCGCCCCCUGCGAGAGCCUGAUGCUGCAGGUCAGCUCCACUAACCCUCGCGAGGAGCCCAUUGACACUGACCUCAUCUGGGCCAAAAUGCUGAGUUCUAAGGAGGCUGGCUUUCUGAUGGGCGCAUCCUGUGGAGGGGGCAACAUGAAGGUGGAUGAUGCAGCCUACGAAAGCAUGGGCCUUCGUCCACGGCAUGCGUAUUCCAUAUUGGACGUCCGAGAUGUGCAAGGGUGCAGGCUCCUGCGACUCCGUAACCCCUGGGGCCGCUUCUCCUGGAACGGUAGCUGGUCUGACGAAUGGCCCCACUGGCCGGCACACUUGCGGCAUGAGCUGAUGCCCCACGGGAGCAGUGAAGGGGUCUUCUGGAUGGAGUACAGUGACUUCAUCAGGUAUUUCGACUCAGUGGACAUCUGCAAGCUCCAUUCAGACUGGCAUGAGGUUCGUGUGCAGGGCACCUUUCCCAACAAAGCCAGUGGACCCAUUACCGUCACCUCACUGACUGUGCUGGAGCGUGCAACUUUGGAGUUUGCCCUUUUCCAGGAAGGCAGCAGGCGCUCAGACACAGUGGACAGCCACUUGCUGGACCUUUGCAUCAUGGUCUUCCGAGCCACCUUCAUCAAUGGCAGCAAGCUCAGCCUGGGCCGCCUGAUGGCGCACAGCAAGCGGGCAGUCAAGAAGUUUGUCAACUGUGAUGUCAUGCUGGAGCCGGGCGAGUAUGCUGUGGUGUGCUGUGCCUUCAACCACUGGACUACCCCAGUGACAGGCACCUCCUCAAGCCAAGUUUCCAGCCCUACUACUGGCAGUGGAUGCCCAGCUGCUGACAUCUCCAGCUACAUCCUGGCCAUCUACAGCUCCCGCUUGGUGAUGGUGGAACAGAUUGAGGCUCAGUCCACCACAUUGGCAGAUGCCAUCAUUCUUCUCACCGAGAACAAGGGCGAACGGCACGAGGGGCGCGAGGGGAUGACUUGCUACUACCUGACACAUGGCUGGGCAGGUCUCAUUGUGGUGGUGGAGAACCGGCACCCUAAAUCCUACCUGCACGUCCAGUGCGACUGCACAGACAGCUUCAACGUUGUGUCGACACGAGGCAGCCUCAAAACGCAGGACAGUGUGCCACCUCUGCACAGGCAGGUUCUAGUGAUUCUGUCCCAGCUGGAAGGCAACGCCGGUUUCUCCAUCACCCACCGCCUGGCACAUCGCAAAGCCACCCAGGCCUUUCUGAAUGACUGGAUGUCGACCAAGGGGACGCACAAUCCGCUGCUGACGCCCGAGGUGGCGGGGCUACAUGGGCCCCGGCCACUAUGACAAAUGGCCCCGCCCUCCCUGCCGCUCUUCUGCUUCUGCCUUUUUUCUGGCCCCACUUGUCUCAGGCGUUGCCCGAGCCGCCAUUACUGAGCCAUCGGGAUUGAGAAGGAUGGACAGACAGACAGACUGGGUGUCUCAAGCCAAGCGCCUUUCCUCCCAUCCCCUGGGGUCAGGCAGGGAGCUGCUCAGGUUCCCCCUCCCUUGAAAUCCUCUCUCCUUCCCCUCCCCACCUGCCUCCCCACAGAUGAUGCACUUUAUCCAGAGCUGCUGUCAAGUUAGGAGAGCAAGGGAAUGUCACAGCCCUGGAGAGGGACGUGUCCCAGCCCCAGGUGCAGGCGAUGCUCAGAUGCUCCCAGGCGCCAGGUCCUGGGACUCGACCCUUCCCACAGCCGCCAAAAAUCCUAAGGCUGCUGCAACAAUAAUAUACCUCUGGCCAAUGUGUCUGUCUGUGUGUGUGCCUCACCCCACCGUUAAAAAUGUCAGCUGGCUGCUGCAAUGGGGUCGGGUGGGGUCUGGGAUGAGGGGUAUGUAGGCCCAUCCUGUCUCUGUCUCUCUCACGUCUGGAAUUGUCAUUGGCAGAUGGAGGGGUGAUGACUUGUAAGAUGGACUUCCAUCUCCCUUCCAGCACUGGGUUGGCUAGGUGGUGAAGUUUUGUUUUGUUUUUUGUUUUGCAGACUGGGUUGCCGGAGGGGUACAAAAAAAUGGCAGAGCCAUUGUGCUGUUAACUGCAAACUAGCUAAAUCUGUGUUAAACUACUCCCCUAGCGUGAGCACCAUUUUUAUGCAGGACGAGUGGCAGGCUAGACUCAACGUGCAAGCUGUCUUGCAACACAUAUGGUGGGAGUGCUGGCUAUGAAAAUGUUAUUCUUACUGUUUUGUAUUUUUUGCAAGAUUGAUUUAAGCACGAGCCGUGGAACCUCCUGCUGCCAAAUUUAUGUGGUGUUUGGGAUAAGAGUCUCUGCCUGCCUUCUUUGCUUCUCUUCCUGCCCCUGUGCCCCUCAGAAAGACUGGCACCACAGUCUUGUGUGGAGGAGCAAGUGUAGUAACAAAGCCUAGAGAAGCACAUUUUUCCAAGCAGGCUUCAAGCCAUUUGACCCACCCACAUGGGUAUUGCAGGAGAUGUUGCCCCUGGGGCUUAAGUUUAGCAUCAUGGCAUUUUUGAUCUGUACAGGGGCUUGUCUGUAUAUAUAUAUAUUGCUGGGGACACUUGGUGUGGGGAGGAGUGGGGCUUGGGGACAUGGGUGUAGGCUGCAAGGAAGUGAUUGGGAGUCUGCAAGGGAGGCACACAGCUGCCUGGGUGUUUGAGAAGGGCUUGGAAGUUCACUCACACUUGUGGUCCCUGCAGCUCACAUGAUACAGAGGAGCAGGGUUGCUCCCAAUUUCCCUUCCUGGCAGUCUGCAGUCCAAAGGAAGAAUAGCCAGGGGUCAGCAGCUGUGGUGGAGGAGAACAAGGAACCCUUUACCGACUGACCUCCCCUUGUGCCUUCUGGCGCUUCCAAUUUGGCGCUGAUUUGAAAGCUACCCGAAAACCUUUCAUGUACAGCUCAGUCAAUUUAGCACUUUUGGUCUCCACCAGUUCUGCUUUGCAGUCAGAUGCUUAGCCUCCAGAAAAGUGAGUUUAGAAAUGCCCCAGUGGGAAUUUCUGCACCCCUUCCCCACCCAAGGAGAAUAGCCUUAUGCUGGGAAGGAAUCUGGAGUAUGUUGUCCCUCUGGACCCUCCGUAAGGGAGAGGUUGGUCUCUGCCAUCACCCUUAAAGAAGAUUCUGGAUGGAUCGCCAGUGGUACACGUGCUCACCAUCACUCACUUGGGACAGAUGCAUAGUUGAGGUUGACAGGACAUGGCUUUUGCCCUUCAGGGGACCCAGUGUGGGGCUGAGCUUGAUGGAGAUCUGUGGAGUUGGGUCUCGGGAACAGGGUAUCAGGGACAGGGUUUCUAGUCCACCUUGUGGGCUCAGGCACAGGGUAGCAGGGAUGGUGUCUUCCUGCCAACUUCAUUGGUUCGGGCACAGGGUGGGAGGAGGGCGUCCCGGAAAGCUGUGGGGGCUCAUCACCAGCAGUGUCUUCCCCAUUGUGUUGCUCUAUAAAAUGAGUCCAAUCCCUCCAUUAGGAAAGGGCCUUUCUGCCGGUACAAGCAGUCAGUCAAGAGCCUAGUUCAUUUGUACUCCCGCCCACCCCUGUCUGUACAUGUUGACGUGUGGAGCACUGUGAGGGGGAGUGGGAAAGCGGGAGGCUGGGACAGGAUUUGGGACAUCAAAAUGCCCACCUUGGGGACAUUGUGGAUAAUGUACUCUGGGCUGAGGCUGCUCCCAGUCAUUCCUUUCACUUCCAUAUUCAGGGAGAAAUACGAUAACAUGCCAGUUGUUGUCAGCCCCAACACCACUGGCCUCUCCUGCUCUUGGGCUGGUUGCAGCUUCAAGCAAAAAAAGUAGGGAACAUGAGUGACACUCCACCACCAUUGACUGCUCAAAGGUGGAACGUUGCCAUGUAUGGAGCACAACCACUGCCAGGCAAGUCAGAGAGAGCACAGUGAUAAUAACUUGAGGGACCAUAAAAAUGCCCCUCUGCACCGUGCCCUUGCUCUGCAAAUGGCAGCUUUCAGCUGGGAAAUGGAAAUUAAGUUGUGUGUUGUCCUGGAUGCAUCUGUGGCUCUGGUUUAGAGUAGCUCCCAAUCCUUGCUUGUUUGCAGGGCCCAGUCUUUCCCGCUUCCCUCAAAGACGAAGGGGUGCAGUGGUGGCGGAACCAGUGAGAGGAAGCGUGUGUUCCUCCCCUCCCCUCAAGCCAUGCUUUAUUUUGCCUUCCAAGAAGGGUUGCCAUCUCCUCCUCCCCUUCUUGUGGCCGAUCUCUAGCAGGCAGAAAUCGCAGCAGGUGUGAGCCUUUAUCGAAGCACACAGAUGCAGGGACCAGGAAACAGUUCACCAAUUUCUGCCUGCUUCGUGGCUGCGGAAGAUGUGGGGAGCCCUGCCAUAAGAAGGUGGAAGCCCGACUUUCAAGGAGGUUAUAAGAUUUUCACUAAUCCCUCCUACAGUGACUUCUGAGGAACAUAGUUUGCUGGAGUAUAGGAGCCACAAUGACAUGGCUGUAGGGUGGGUCAGUAAUGUCACAUGAAUCCUUUCCGGAAGCCUCUUCCUGCAGAGGGUUGAAUUCCUAAGCUCUAGGGCUCAGGCACUCUCCGUAAUCUGAAUACAGUGGUACCUCGGGUUAAGAACUUAAUUCAUUCCGGUGGUCUGUUCUUAACCUGAAAAUGUUCUUAACCUGAGGUACCACUUU